AUGGCGCCAGAAAAGAAGCAGCCCAACUUUGUCAUCAUCGUUGCCGACGAUCUUGGUUUCUCCGAUUUAGGAUGUUUCGGCUCCGAGAUCAACACUCCAAACCUGGACAAAUUGGCCGCCGAGGGAUGUCGGAUGACAGGCUUUCACUCUGCGGCCGCGUGCUCGCCCACUCGAGCCAUGCUCUUCUCGGGCACGGACAACCACGUUGCGGGGUUGGGAGCAAUGAUGGAGUGGAAGUCUCGCUUGGGGGGAGGCAUGUGGGAUAAUAAGCCUGGUUAUGAGGGCCACUUGAACUUCAAGGUCGCUGCGUUGCCUGAGAUAUUACAAGAUAAUGGAUACCGGACCAUUCUUUCGGGAAAAUGGCAUCUCGGACUGAAACCAGAACUCGCACCCCACUCACGUGGAUUUGAUCGGUCCUUCACAAUGCUCUCCGGCUGUCAUAAUCACUACGGCUAUGAGCCACAAUAUGGAGACCUGCCCACUGAUGGAUCAGCCACGGCAGCCCAGGAGGCCGAAGUGGAUGCUCUCCGGACAUACAAGGAAUGGGCGCCAGCUGUGGCACAUAAGAAAGGCAUGUAUAACAAAGAAGGAGUGCCGAUGGACGUGCCCGCCAACUUCCCCUACUCUCCGGAGGGCUUCUUCUCCACCGAUAACUUCACCGAUCAGUUGAUGGAGUACAUCGGCGAAGCCACAUCAGAAAAGAAGCCGUUCUUUUCUUGUCUAACCUUCACCGCCCCACACUGGCCCCUUCAAGCCCCCAAGCGGCUGCGAGACAAGUACAAGGGCAUGUAUGACGGCGGUCCCGCAGCGCUGAGACUCAAGCGACUCGCCAAGCUGGAAGAGAUGGAACUCAUACCCAAAGAUGUCACACCCCAUCCGGUGAUGAACCCGUUGAAGAUACCCGAGUGGGAUGAAAUGGACGAUAGCCAGAGGAAGAAGAGUAUCCGAUCCAUGGAGACUUAUGCAGCCAUGGUCGAGCAUAUCGAUGAAGCUGUUGGGAGGGUGAUGAAAGGGUUGGAAGAUAUGGGCGUUGCUGACGAUACGGUUGUCAUGUUUAUGUCCGACAAUGGCGCCGAAGGAAGUGCAUAUGAGGCGAUGGCACACAUGGGAACCAAAUUGAUGCACAUCAUAAAUGAAUACUAUGACAACAGUCUGGAGAACAUCGGUGAACCGAAUAGCUUCGUCUGGUAUGGCCCUUUCUGGGCACAGGCGUCUACGGCACCAUCUCGACUGAUGAAGUCAUUUUCCACCCAGGGGGGCAUUCGCGUUCCCUUCAUCAUCCGAUACCCGCCCUUCCAUUCCCACCCGUCAUCCUCCCCAGGCAAGGUCAUUGACCAACAAGCAACUGUCAUGGACAUUGCCGCGACGGUGCUGGAUCUGGCUGGUAUCCAACACCCCGUGGACGGAGGGGCCGAUAAAGGCGCGUUCCGAGGCCGUGAAGUCGUGGGAAUGAAGGGAAAGACAUGGAGGGGGAUGUUUGAGAAUGGAGAAGUGUGCCAUGGUGACGACGAACCACUUGGCUGGGAGCUACAUGGCCGAGCUGGCAUGCGCAUAGGUGACUGGAAGAUCACCUUCGUCCCGCCGCCCUUCGGCCCUGGAGAGUGGCAGUUGUACAACCUUCGGAAGGAUCCAGGAGAGGUGUUUGAUCUCAAAGACGAGGAACCGGAAAAAUACAGAGAGUUGUCUGCAGCCUGGGACAAGUAUCUAGAGGCCAACGGUGUUGUCUGGGGAGCACCAAUGCCAUCCGAGACAAUCGACGGCGAAGGAUUGUCCGACAUUAUCAACGACAGCACUGCAUGGAUGAAGCCGAAACGGGGCGAGUAG